AUGAUAGGGAUUGAUGAAAUACUCAAGAAGGGCGGUAUUAAGAGCAUCCAACCUGGGCAUGGUCAGACAGUGAGCCAGGGCCCAGUGGCUCUACCGGCGCCUACGCCCGCGCCCGCCACCGCGCCGGCCGCCGCGCCGCGCACCAUCGUCAUCCAGCGUCCCGACGCAAGGCACGGCUUCGGCUUCACGCUGCGACAUCUGGUCGUAUACCCACCGGACUCACUUCAGGAGCUGUACGAGGAUGCGCGCCACCUGGCGGUGGGCGCGGUGGGCGCGCCGAUGGACACGAUCUUCGUGAGGUCGGUGCGGCCGGGCGGGCCGGCGGCGGCGGGCGGCCUGCGCGCCGGCGACCGCGUGCUGGCCGUCAACGGCGAGCCCGUGGCGUGCGGCCGCUCGCGCGCUCCCUACGCGCGCGUCGUGCAGUUAGCGCAGCGCGAGCCGCGCACGCUGCGCCUCACCGUCGUGCCGCGCGACCACGACCUGUUGCAAAGGUAUUUCAGUGAAGCGGCGUACAAUCCAGAAACAAAUCAGCGCCCCGACAUGCCGGCGCCGCCCAGUGAGGCGGAGGGGGCGCGACGGGCGCGCGCUUCGCUGCCCACGCCCGCCGCACUGCCCGCGCGCCGCGACGAUCCCGAGUACGCCAGCGUCGCCUCGCUCGCGCCCGCACGGUACCACGGCAACGCGACGCCGCACUACAUGCUGCAUGAUAGGAGGGAAUCCGACACAUCCUUGCCGUCGUCGGCGGCCGAGAGCAAGGACAGUCUCGGCUCCUUCGACUCCAAUUCGACCCUCACUGGCCGGGAGAUUGACGAUUCGAUCAUUCUGUCCCGAAUACGAAAGAGCCUCGAACAGAAGGAGGCCUUCCUGAGACGUCCCAGCCAGCCCACGGGAUGGGUGACGCCGGACGCCCCGCAACCGAUUAAGCAAAAGGAGUUUUACGCGAGACCUCAGAAGCUACAGAAGCCGGCAUGGCCCCCGCCUCCCUCCUCCCCCCCUCUCGCCGCCUCUCCGCCGCCCUCGUUGCAGCAAAGUCAAGAGCAGACUUUGAAAAAAGAAGAAUGUUCCGCGAGCGUAGACAGCGGCACUUACAGCGGGUACGGAGAAGUGAACGGAACAAGCGCAGACAAGAACAGAUCGAAGCAGGAUAAAAGCCAGUUCGUGGCGACUUUAUCAAAGAUACAAGAAACGGCACCGAGUAUCCAGAGCACCAAUGUCGGGACGGUUCCCAACGGCACCGCGCACGAUUCCAAACCCGAAAGUUCUGAAGAAAACACGACGAACAAUCAGGACAGCAGAUACCCGGUGCCGGUGCCGGAGCUGCAGCUGGUGACGGCGCGCACGCGGCAGCUGGAGGAGGCGCGCGGGGGCGGCGGCGCGCGGCGCACGGAGGCGGCCCGCAGCGAGCUGGCGCGGCUCAGCAGUGCGCGGCUCGAGCCCAGCGUGGCGCUGCGCCGCAAGGAGUUCGAGGGCCGCGCCGCUCGCCGGGAGGCGCGCUCGCUCGACGUACACCCACACCAAGAAUUGGAACACGACACGACCCCCCUCGGCGGCAGUCUGUCAGGCAACCAGCUCAUGAUCACCGGCAGCAAACACCUGCAUUGCCCGCCUCCAGAAGGAUUUGCCCCCGAAACGGAAAAGGUUCAAAUGCGAACAAGGUCAAAUAGCACCGGAAGUGAAGGAUUACCCAUUAGAAGACAUCAUGCCACAGAUGGCAGUCACGCGAAGCGACGUAUGGGGCUGAACAGGGAGCAAAUGGAGGAGAUGAGCCGCGUGUCGCUGGGGGGCGCGGCGGGCGCGGGGGGCGCAGGGGGCGCGGCGCGGCCCACUCAGCUCAGCCUCGCGCCGCGCUCCGCUUCCACCUCGGCCGCCACCUCGCCCUCGCCCACGCCCAGCACGCCCCACGACUCAGGUUUUGCUGACGAUAUGGUUACAAGACGACAGAAAAAGGAUGCUCAAAUGGGUGAAGAGGAACGCGCUAUGCGACGGGUUUCAUACCUGAAGGCUACAUGGGGAGACAGGCUACACUUAGACAGUGACGUGGAACCUGACGCGGACCAUCAUGCUCUCAGAAGCGGGGAGAAGAAGGGUGAGGAGGAGACGGAGGAGUCAGGGGCGACGGCGGCCGCAGAGCCCGAUGUGCAGGGCCACGUGCAGGUCAAGAUGGUGGUCAGUAACGGAAAGCGCGCCAGCGACCGCUCGUGGAAACAGGUGUGGGCGGUGCUGCAGGGCACCAAACUCUAUCUCUACAGACAUCAUCCGACACAGAGCCCUGGCGGUGCUAGCGGCGCGGUGGCAGCGGAGAGCGGCUCAAGGGACGCGCUGGACGUACGCUACUCGCUGGCCGCGCUCGCAGACGACUAUACCAAGCGCAAGCACGUCGUGCGCGUCACCACCGCCGCGGGCGCGGAGCUGCUGCUGCAGGCGGAUGGUGCAGCCGAUGCGCAGCGCUGGUUGGAGGCACUACGAAGGCAUUCAGCAGAGCCGCCGCCCGCGGAACCGGCACCCGCCGCACCCGCAGCCGACAACACAACGGAGCCCACCACCACGCCAGCGCCCGCGCCCGCCAGUGCACAACCCGACUGUCCCUCCCCCCUGCCGCCGCAACGCAGCAAGAAAAUCACAAGAAAUAGAUCGCCUACCGGCCCGCCGACACCAACUCUGCCGUCGUCGCCCAAGAACAAGACGUGGAAGGGUCGCAUGGCGAAGCAGCUGCGGCGCAUGCAGGGCGGGGCGGGGGCGGGCGCGGGCGGGGCGCCGGCGGUGACGGGCUGGCUCGGCGCGCCGCUCGAGCGCUGCCCCACCGACCCCGACCACCCCGGCGUGCCGCUCGCCGUCACCCUGCCCGCCACCGCUGUCGAGGCGUACGGACUGCGCACAGUGGGCGUGUACCGCGUGCCGGGCAACGCGGGGGGCGUGGCGGCGCUGGCGGCGGCGCUGGACCGCGGCUGCGCGCCCGCCGGCGACCCGCGCUGGGCGGACGUGCACGUCGCCUCCAGCCUGCUCAAGGCGUACCUGCGCCGCCUGCCCGACCCCCUGCUCACCCACCAUCUCUACCCCGCAUUCAUCGCGGCGGACCGCAGCCCGGAGCGCGGACGCGAGCUGCGGCGGCUGGUGCACGCGCUGCCGGCGGCGCACUACGCCACGCUGCGGUACCUGGUGCAGCACCUGCGCCGUGUGGCCGCGCACUCCGCCUCCAACAAGAUGGAGCCGCGCAACCUCGCCAUCGUGUUCGGGCCCACGCUCGUGCGCGCCGCCUCCGACGAUAUGCUCGCCAUGGUCAACGACAUGUCCAGCCAGUGCCGCAUCAUCGAGUCCUUCCUCAUACAUUACUCGUGGUACUUCGAAGAGAGUUCGGGCGAGCCGCCGGCCGAGCUGCAGGGCGGGGACGCGCCGCAGCCCAGCCGCGACCUGCUCAUACACAACGUCAAGAAGAUUGAAGGCAAAGACGUAUCGACCCGCGACAUCGUGUCGUCGAUAAUAUCAGCGGCGAAUCGCAAGAUCCAGCGCAAGCCGCGAACCAAACCCGCCGCUGCGGACAAGAAGUGGGCGGGGUCUGACAAGUCUCCGCCCUCCUCGCCGCCGCACCACGCCACCUCGCUCGCGCAUUACGACGGCCUGCACCACUCCCACCACUCGCGACACUCCACAGACAAGAUCGAGAUAGAGUCGGGUGGCGCGCGACACACGCUCAACACCUUCUCCAUCGACGGACCCGGAGAUCUGGUGUCCUCUCUGACGAGCACGUUCGACCAGAAGCUGCGCACCCUCAACAACUCGUCGCCGCUCGACGACGGCAGCAUCCCGUACGCGGACGAGUGUCAGGACGACGCCGAGGGCGAGGACAAGUCCAGCGACAGCUCGCCAUCGCUGGGCCGUGAGCGCGCCUCGCCCGCGCCCUCGCCCGCCGCCUCGCCCGCGGCGCGCGCGCACGAGCUGAAGGCCGCCUGGCUGGCGCGCGACCUGCGCCACUCCUCCUCCAGCAGCAACGAGGACGAGGCGCGUCACUGGCCGCGCCGCGACCGCAGCGAGAAGCCGCUCGACAACGACGACUCCGAGAAGGAGAACUGCCUCGGCCCGCGUCGCCCGCUCGACGACGACAAGGACGUGGACACGCGCUCGCAGGCCUCCAGCGCCGACACCGCGCCCGACAACGACAAGCGCCUGCCGUACUACGCGCCCAUCCGCCUCGCCAACACCGACAGCGGGAAGCGAAACAGCGCCGCGCUGGCGCUCGACGGCGAGGCGACGACAGCUCCGGACGGCGACGACGAGUGUGCCAAACUGAAGCGCUCCGAGUCCCUCAGCCGCGAGCAGGAGCGCGGCGAGGCGCGGGUGCUGCGCUCCGAGAGCCUCAACUGCCGCGCCGACCGGCUGCAGCGGUCCGACUCGCUGAGCAAGGCCGACCGCCCCAGCAAGCUGGAGAAGUGCGAGUGGAACGUGGCGCGGCGGCGCGAGGCCGGCGCCUGGCGCUCCACCAAGCUCAAGCGGAAGAACGGCAUGCCCGAGCGCGGCAUCAAGCGGCGCCACACGGUCGGCGGCACCAAGGACUUCGACAAGGACGGCUGGGGGGCGCGCCACACGCGCACCUCCUCCCCCGACCUCAGCGCGCCCGCACCCUCGCCCGCGCCCUGGCCCGCCGCGCUCGUGCCGCCGCCGCGUCCGCCGCUCGAGUCGCACGUCUGA